AUGUCGAAUUCAAAUACCAGUCAAAGACGUUUAUUUAAAGAUUUACAAAAAAUCCAAAGUGAAGAAUUGCCAGGUAUUAACGCAACUCCUGUCGAUAAUGAUAUGCGUGUAUGGAAUGCUUUAAUAGAUGGACCUGUCGAUACGUGCUACGAAGACGGAUUAUUCACACUUCGAAUGGAAUUCACAGAUACUUAUCCAUUAACACCACCAAGCGUUCGAUUUACUUGUAAAAUGUUUCAUCCUAAUGUAUAUGCCGAUGGAAGUAUUUGUCUAGAUAUUCUACAACGAAACUGGAGUCCGACAUAUGAUGUGUGUGCUAUAUUAACAUCCAUUCGCUCAUUGUUAAACGAUCCGAAUCCGAAUUCGCCGGCGAACAAUGAAGCAGCGAAGUUAUUUCUAGAAAAUCGACGUCUCUACGAAUCAAAAGUACGUAAAUUAGUCGAAGAAUCGAUUAUGGCUGAUCAAAUAAGCAAUGAUUUAAAAAUAAGUGAUGAUAAUGAUGAUGAAAAUAAAAAGUCCAGUGAUAAAACAUCUUCAUCAUCGGCAUCGACCAAUGCAAAUACUGAAAAUAAUACUAAUGACAACAAUAAUCAAGAAGGACAAGCCACAGCAUCAUCAAAUCAAUAA